UGCAAAGUUAGAUCAUCUACGGAGGGUGCGCAUCAUCGCUGAUGGAGAAGGGUUUUAUCCUUCUAGGCCAGCUGCAAAUGCAAUCUCAACAGCAAUACAAAAACUUUAUAGUGGUGCCUUCGCGACGUGGGGUGAAGUGCCGUGUCAUACGCAGCAGGCGAUCCUUAAUGAGUUUAUGGUAUGUAUUUGGUAGAGUUGAUAAAGAAAAAUCACAGCAAAAGGGAAAUCUUUCAUGUUUAAACUGUGACCGAGUUUUCCAAACUAGACACUACUUCUAUGUAAACAGAUUGCUUAUUAGAAAAUCUGAACCCAAAGAAGUUGUCGAUGAACUUAGCAACAAGCAUUAAGAGUUUUUGUAGAUUCUAAUGUGCUGUGCUAUCGACAAAGACUAUCGGAUUCGUGUCUGAAUGAGAAUUACACUGAACUUGGGAAAAUAGAAAAUGAACGUAUCAGGUUACUGUGAUUUUCAUAGUGUUAUCUACUCAUCAAAACCAGAUCAACCUGACAGGAUGAUCUUUAAUACUUAAUUACAGAGAUCAUACAGAUUUCAUCGUCUAAUUUUGUGUUCUUAGUGUAGGCACUUCCGGACAUCUGUUUCUCUGAUGUUUGUUACAUAUUUGUUUGCAGAAAAAGUGUACGUGGAACCCUGUCGAGGAUAAUGUUAUUAGAAGUAAUUUUACAAAGAAGGCGAGUUCUCGGUUGUCAAACAUUUUUUCCGAAGCUCGGAAAAAAGGUCAAAAACCUGGCUGGCUUGGGACAGAUUACUGGGAGGAGCUUAAUCAAUCUUUGGGCUACGCCGGAGUUUCAAAAGAAGAGCGCCCGGACAAAGGCGGCUCGAAAGUCCGAGAAGGGUGGCUCAUUGCACACUUGUGGUUCGGUGUCCAUGGGAAUUUGCU